AGCAGCACAAACAGGAGGUUUCAUCGCGUUUUUGGUCUGCAUUUUCUGCAUGUGGAUAUCAAACGGAGUCCAUAAACGACUUGGAGACAAACUGUGAUGCUUCAUUUUUGAGAACCAUCCUACGCUUCUUUUGAUAUGACCAAGAAAAAUACCAACCUGCCAUGAUGAAUGUGACAAACGAUGACUGCAACAUCCAAACGCAAGAGUACGAGUAUCAUCUAUUCCCGGCCGUCUACAUCCUCGCCUUGCUUGUGGGUUUGCCGGGUAACCUGGCAGCCCUUUUCGUCUUCACCUUUAAGAUCACUCACCGCACGGCCUUCAGUAUCUACAUCAGCAACCUGGCGGUGGCGGACAUCAUCAUCCUUUGCGUUCUUCCCUUUCGGAUCCACUACCACAUAAACAGGAACAACUGGCAGUUCGGGGACUUCACCUGCCGCCUCACAGGGACUCUCUACUACGCCAACAUUUACAUGAGUAUCUGCUUCAUGACAUGUAUCUGCGUGGACCGCUAUAUGGCCACGGUGCACCCGCACAAUUACCUGAGGAUGCGGAGCCCCUGGUGCGCUCUGAUUGCGAGCGUGGUGCUCUGGUGCUCUGUCGGAGUGGCCAUCCUGGUCUUCAUACUCAUGGGGCCUUUGAAAACCAACUCAGACAAUUCUCAAAACCUCAGUUGUUUUGAAAAUUUCGCCAAGAUAGAAUGGGACACUCGUCUGGGGCCAUACAGCAUACUGGGCCUCGUCUUUGGCUCCUUGGUGCCCACCAUAAUCAUCCUAGUGUGUUACCCGCUGGCCGUGAGGCGCAUUUCCCUGAUCCGAACUAGAACAGCCCAAAAAGCUGUGAGGGUCAUCUACACCAUCCUAGUUAUCAUGCUGCUCUGCUUCCUGCCUAACCACAUUGUGUACUUGCUGCACCUCCUUUACCGCUGGGAGAUGAUCCAAAACUGCUCCUUUGGCAGAGCCAUCUACAACGCCCGGCGGAUCACCAUGGCGCUCAUCACCCUCAACACAUGUCUUGACCCUGUGCUCUACUAUGUCACCACCAGCCACUGCCACUGGGAGCGAUUAAAGAUGACAUGGCUGUGGGGAGCGGUGAGCCGGAGGAGGGGGGUUUAUACCAUCGCAGUGAACUGAGGACGGGGGCAACAACACACUUACUGUAAA